UUCAGAAGAUUAAACAAUCGAUUUCACAAACUUGAAGAUGAAAUCAAACUCACCAAGGUUUCAAUUCCUCACUUUUCUUCAAUCCAACAACAUCUCCUUCUCUAAUCUCAAACAAAUACACGCUCAAUUGAUCAUCAAUGGCAACAAUCACUCAUCUAAUCUCGCCAAACUCAUUCAAUCUUGUUGCAAUUUAUCAACUCAACCCGCUCUCAACCAUGCCAAAUCAAUUCAGACCCACUCUACUUCCACCACUACAAACGUAUAUCUUCUAAACGUUCUCAUCAGAUGUUCUCCACCCAGAAACUCCAUUUCAUCUUUCGCUGACUCUUUAUCAUCAAAACCCAAUCUUGUUUUCGACAAUCGCACUUACGUCUUCGUUUUAGGAUCUUGUGCUCGUUUAUCCAUUGUUUCCGCUUUAUUCGAAGGAAAACAAGUUCAUGCUCGAGGAAUCAAGGAUGGGUUGUUUUCAGAUAUUAUGGUGCAAACCACUGCUAUACAUUUUUAUGGUAUUCAUAGGGAGAUUCAUUCUGCACGUAAACUGUUUGAUGAAAUGUCAAUGAGGAAUUCAGUAACAUGGAGUGCUAUGAUCAGAGGGUACUGUAUUCAGAAAGAAAAAAUUCCAAGGUAUGCUCGUGAUGCAAUCAAAUUGUUUAGAGAAAUGUUGAUUAAUCGUGAAGUUGGAUCGCCAAAUGAAAGCACCAUGGUUUGUAUUCUUUCUGCAGUUUCUCAAUUGGGUUCUCUAGAAAAUGGAAUUUGCAUUCAUGGGUAUAUACAGAAGACGGUUUAUAAACCUGAAAUCGAUGUUUUCAUAGGAACAGGACUAAUAGACAUGUAUUCAAAAUGCGGUUUGAUCAAUACUGCUAUUCGUAUAUUCAACAUAAUGGAGAUUAAAAACGUCCUGACUUGGACUGCCAUGAUGACAGGUUUAGCAAUUCAUGGAAGAGGAAAAGAAACUAUAGAGCUUAUGAAUGCUAUGGAAUCUAAUAACUUAAAACCAAAUGAAGUGACUUUCACUAGUUUGUUAGCUGCUUGUUGUCAUUGGGGGUUGGUACAAGAAGGUUUAUGUUUGUUUGAAAGCAUGGAGGGUCGGUUUGGAAUUAAACCGACUAUACAGCAUUACGGUUGCAUUGUGAAUCUGUUAGGUCGAGCUGGACUUUUGAACGAGGCGUAUGAAUUCAUAAUUGGAAUGAAUAGGAAGCCUGAUGCUGUUGUGUGGAGAAGUUUGUUAAACGCGUGUAAGCUUCAUGGGGAAGUGUUGAUGGCGGAGAAAGUGGGGCGGAUACUUCUUGAGUUUGAUUCGGAGAAAAUCGAUGCAAGUGAAGAUUAUAUAGCUUUGUCAAAUGCAUAUGCAUUAGUUGAUAGAUGGGAUGAUGUGGAGAUGGUGAGGGAGGUUAUGAAGGUUAAAGGGGUACAAAUUGAUCCAGGAUUUAGUCGUGUUCAUUUAUUCGAUAACUCAUGACCAACGGUUUAUUUUUCGGGGUAACUAGUAUGAACAGAAAACACUUUGU